AAACCGUCCACGUGGAAUCGGAGACAGCACCGACUUAACAUUUCUCGUAAGAAAAGAAAAAGAUUCUCCAAACUCCAUCGUCUUAAGCAAAGAAUGAUUUUGUUGCUUUCGAUUCGAUUCGAUUCGAUUCUUCCUCGUUAGAGAGAAAAAUACGAAUCUAUCAAACUGCAAUUUUCUCGGACGCAUAUUCCGAUUUUCCCAUUUUCGUAAUUUGAAAGAAAGAAUAACCGAUAUUUGAUCGAGAAUGCAACGUUUUGUUGAUAAGGUUCUGGAUGUUACUAAAGAGUCGGUGAAGACUUUUACAUAUGAGUCUUUGAACAAUAUUGUGAGGUUGAUCAAUGGAAUAUCAGCACUUUUGUUGGCAUUGCUACCUGGGAAAGCUAAUAUACUUGAAGGUAUUCAAGGUUGGGAGCUUAGGCCAACUUUCCGGGGACCGCGGCUUCCCCGUUGGAUGGAAAAUGGAGUGUCCUCUUUCAACCAAUUUAUUCAUGAACUUUCUGUGGAUUCUGAUGUUGAAAGCCUGGACUACUUGUCCGGCGAAGAAGAUGAUGAUGAUGAUGGGUAUGAUGAUUAUUAUCCUGAAACUCCCUCAUCUGUCUCCUCUAGAGCCUCCUCUAGAGCCAGUUUUAAUGGUUACAGUAGGCAUCGUAUGGACUGGAUCCGGUAUAUCUUACUUUGGAUUUUGAUUACUGGAAAGUUUGUGCUGGGAAUUCCAUUUCGUCUUUUCAAGUUAGUUUAUGAUGGGAUGUCAAAACCACGCUCAGUCUCUGAAAAUCAACAAUCUGCACAAUCACAUUUACAUGCGAGGGUGCAAACCCUCAAGGACCAAAUUAUUCAUCGCACUACCGAUAGGAGACGUGGAAUCAUAGAGGAUAUUCAUUUAGCCCUGGAAAUUUUUAUAGAAGCUGUGUUUGAUAUUGUUCACAAGGCAGUAUAUCUUCUUCUUUCCCCAUCAAAAGCUUUCGGGAAAUUGUCUAGGUUGUUUUCAUCACAUGAAAGAGGUGUUGAAGAUGAUGAUAAUGUUUUUGUUAAUGCUUCUGUUUCUACGGCUAUGCUUGGAGAGAAUGACCCUACACCUACAGAGAGGAAUACCGAUUUUCGACAGUCUUUUAGCACGGAUGCCCGAACAUGUCAGGAUGUCAUAACAGAGCUUGGGUAUCCGUACGAAGCUAUUCAUGUGAUAACUGCUGAUGGAUAUGUUCUUCUUUUAGAAAGAAUACCCAGGCGGGAUGCUCGAAAAGCUGUUUAUCUUCAGCAUGGAGUGUUUGAUUCAUCAAUGGGUUGGGUAUCUAAUGGUGUUGUUGGGUCUCCAGCUUUUGCAGCUUAUGAUCAUGGGUAUGAUGUGUUUUUGGGAAACUUCCGUGGUUUGGUUUCUAGAGAACACAUCGAUAAGAACAUCUCCUCACGAGAAUACUGGCGGUAUUCCAUCAACGAACACGGGACUGAGGAUAUUCCUGCUAUGAUAGAGAAAAUCCAUCAGGUGAAAACUGCCGAGUUGAAACUUAGUAAGCCUGAUAUCGAGGAGGAUAACGAUGGUGCUCAGCUUUACAAGCUUUGUGCAAUCAGCCAUAGUUUGGGAGGAGCGUCUAUGUUGAUGUAUAUCAUUACUAGUAGAAUUGAAGAAAAGAAUCAUAGACUUUCUAGACUGAUUUUGUUAUCACCGGCCGGUUUCCAUCACGACUCUAACCUAGUUUUUUCUGUGGUGGAGAGUGUUAUAUUUUUUCUAGCUCCCGUUUUGUCUCGAAUUUUCCCCGCCUUCUAUAUACCAACCCGUUUCUUCCGAAUGCUCUUUAACAAGUUAGCUCGGGACUUGCAAAACCUACCUGCAGCUGGAGGAUUGGUUCAAACUUUACUAGGUUAUGUUCUCGGCGGGGACAGUUCAAAUUGGGUUGGCGUUUUAGGAACACCACAUUACAACAUGAAUGACAUGCCAGCAGUGUCGUUUUAUGUCGGUCUUCAUCUUGCGCAGAUAAAGAGAAGUAGAAGAUUUAGAAUGUUUGAUUAUGGAAGUGCAUCUGCUAAUAUAGAAGUGUAUGGUUCACCUGAGCCUUUGGAUUUAGGUGAACAUUACUGGCUUAUUGAUAUUCCUGUUGAUUUGGUUGCUGGUCAUAAAGACAGAGUUAUAAGACCUUCAAUGGUGAAAAGACACUAUAGAUUGAUGAAGGAGGUUGGUGUUGAUGUGUCAUUUAAUGAAUUUGAAUAUGCUCAUUUGGACUUCACUUUCUCUCAUCGUGAAGAACUUUUGUCAUAUGUUAUGUCACGUUUGUUGCUUGUGAAGACAAAUCCAAAACAUGAAGUGAGUCAAAGGUCUCUAAGAUUGAGGAAGAAAGAACAUGUUUCUGGAUAGAAAGUUUUUAGGUUUGAGGAAAAGACCUUAGAAACAAUGUUAAAUACUUGUAAAAUAGUGUUAAUAUAUGUGGAUGUUUGUUAUAAAUUAUAAUAGAGUUUCUCAUGUACUGCAAGGAUAAAUAAUAAAAGGAAGUUGUUGUUGUAGUUAGGUUUAGAUAGGUAGUUAGUAAGGGGAAAGUUUGUGUGGGAAAGGAGAAAGAAAAUUCUUAUUUAAAGAAACUUUAAGAUA